AUGAAGUACCUCGCCGCUUACCUCCUUCUUAACCUCGCUGGCAACGAGUCUCCUUCUGCCGAGGACAUCAAGUCCGUCCUCUCCUCCGUCGGUGUUGACGCUGAGGGUGAGCGCCUUGACAAGCUCAUCUCUGAGCUUUCCGGCAAGAACAUCCAGGAGCUGAUCUCCGAGGGUUCCGCCAAGCUCGCCUCCGUUCCCUCCGGUGGUGCCGCCGCUGGUGGUGCUGCUGCCCCCGCCGCUGGUGCCGCUGCUGAGGCCGCCCCCGCCGAGGAGAAGGCUGAGGAGAAGGAGGAGUCCGACGACGACAUGGGCUUCGGUCUCUUCGACUAA